AUGAGGCUUGAAAUCAUUGGCAUGACUCAUGUUCACCUUCCCGAGCUUCUUCAACUACAGUAUGACGAGAACCACAGGGGAAGGAUGAUUUUCGCAGGGCAACAGGUACAUCGAUAUUACGUGAAUUUCAUUUGCUCUAAUACCUUGGUACUUACUCUAAAAAUGUAUUGCAUACAUUUGCAGUUGCUCCCAUUGCGUUCCAGGAGUGUGCGCAAGCUUAAGGAGUUAGACCCUCGAUUCCACGAGCCCCUCGCACAGGCCGGACUCCUACCGUUUGCACUUAUGAUGGCAGGAGCUCCCAUGGAGGGUGGUGGCAGGACUCCACUGCCGCUGAUCGAGGUCUCACUGCUCACAGGCCUGGUCGACCGCUGGCGUCCUGAGAGGCACACGUUCCACUUUCCUUGCGGAGAGAUGACCGUUACUUUACGGGACGUUGCCAUGCUCACCGGGCUCCCGAUAAGGGGCACCCCGUUAGUACUUCCACGACCAGGAAAGGAGCAGUGGAAGAGUUAUAUUCACGGCAGGUUUAACGUGCAUUAUGACAUGAAGGAUGUAGGGCUCUCCAUGUCAUGGAUUCAUGGCCUAUCACAGUUCAGCCCUUGCCCACCGGAUGCGGACGAGGCAACAGUUAUGCAGCAUUAUGAGGUGUACUUGUAUAUCUUGCUUGGAGGCAUAAUGUUUUACAACACGGCAGGCGAUUAUAAGUGUAUUCUCCUGACCGUGUGCAGAGGCAGUUUGGUCAUCGUCAGUUGGUGCCAGUACCUCCCCCAUGAGACGCUGGUCAGGAGGAGUGCCCAAGGAAACGCAAGCACCCACGACUGGGCGGAGAUUAAUGCAGAACACAUAACCCGGUGGAUGGAGUCUGGCCCAGUGGAUGUCGUCGUUCCUGCGGGACAGUACGACGAUAGCUCGUACUAG